AAAAUGUGUUACCUCCCUUGGUGAAAAUGGAGCAUAGAUAAUGAAAAAUGUAAUUUGACAGUUUUAAUAACUCAUGAAUGCAUCGAUUGCCACCCUCGGCGCCUCACCACGGCUCCACUAUUGCGAGUGAGACGAUAGCGCAGACGGUGGUGCCACCCUCCCCUCCGCGUGCGGCGGCGGUGGUGGUGGGUGCGCGGGCUAGGGCACGCAGCAGCUCUUCCUUGGGCGCCACCAUCACGCAGCCUGCGUCCCCAAGGAUCAGGAAGAUGUGCAGCGAUACAGGAUGUUGUGACACAGACUGCAUUCACGGUCUCAGAGACUCGGUUCCGACACCAGAUAUGGUCUGCGUCAAUGAUGGUAACCAGUCAGUGUGUAACUUGAUGGAGGAAGAGAAACCAGUCUUGCAUGGUGUCAACAUCCGGGCUGCCACUGUCGAGCGUCUUCUACACCUCUGUGUGGAAAGCUUUGGGGAUGAUGGCAUCAUUCUUGAGAACAGUGAAUACCCGGGGGUGAUGUUCCUCAUGCACAAGUGGUACACGACAUCCGACGAACUGGCACAGUCAUUUCUUGAACUGUAUCAGAAAUGUGACGAGGUCAUACCAUGCCCAGUGCAAGAGUGCGCCCAUCUUCCCACGGCGCACACCUGUGCCAUUCAGAUAUUCAAGGCAAAAAUUUGUUAUGCUGUCAGGUACUGGAUCCGGCAAUUUCCCGUCCAGUUUGACCUAGAUUCCAAGCUACAGUCUGUGAUCAAGGCGUUUGGCACGCUAGUACAACACAAGGGCAACAGCACCUUCCGGGAGCUCAUUGAUCUUUCCAAAGUACCCUCGUAUGACUGGAUGCGCAGUAUAUCGGUGCGUAACCCGUCUAUGCGGCACAACCGCAAGGUGUCGCUCGUGUUCAAUCAUCUGGAACCAGAGGAGCUGGCUGAUCACCUGACCUACCUGGAGUACAGGGCUUUCAGACGCAUCAACUUCACAGACUUCAAAAACUAUGCAAUGACAGCGUCGUUGAAGGACAACCCGAAGUUGGAACGGUCCAUUGCGCUGUUCAACGGCCUAUCUCAGUGGAUUCAGUGCAUGGUCCUCAGCAAGACCACUCCACAACAGAGGGCCGAUGUCAUCGUCAAGUUCUGCAACGUCGCCAAGAAGCUGCGCCUGUUGCAGAACUUCAACUCGUUGAUGGCGGUGAUUGGUGGUCUGACUCACAGUGCGUUGGCAAGGCUCUACAAGACCACUGCCUGCAUUCCUUCGGAAACUCAGAAAAUGUUGAUGGAGUACACAGAGCUUUUGUCAUCCAACAACAACUUUAGUAACUACAGAAAAGUCUUUCACCAGUGUGCUGGCUUCAAAAUACCCAUAUUGGGUGUUCAUCUUAAGGACCUCAUUCUUCUCCAUACCGCGCUACCUGACCGUGUUGAGGGGAAUCUGAUAAACUUUCGCAAGAUGGCGCAGUUGUCGCUGAUCCUGCGAGAGCUAACCAAGCUUCAGACCCACGACUCCAUUCCUGGAGUGUACGCCAAUAUGGAUCUCAUAAACACGCUCAGGUUGUCAUUGGACAUGCAUUACACAGAAGAUGAGAUUUACGAACUCUCACUAGCACGAGAACCAAGAAAUUCUCUUUCCUCGCCCUCGACACCUACAAAGCCGGUUGUGUUUGCGGAGUGGGUUGCAGGCAUGCGACCCCCAGACCCCCAGACCAUUAACAAGCAUGUCCGUGACAUGGUCGAGGCCGUCUUCAAAAACUACGACAAUGACCGUGAUGGAUUCAUAUCACAUGCAGAGUUUGAGGCUAUUGCUGGGAAUUUCCCGUUCAUCGACUCCUUCUGUGUACUUGAUGCAGACCAGGAUGGUAUGAUCAGUAAAGCAGAAAUGAAGACGUAUUUCAUCCGCGCCAACUGCCACGCCCUUCGAAACAGCUUCAAGCACGAUUUCCAUGAGAUCACUUACUUCAAACCCACAUUCUGUAUUCACUGCACUGGACUGUUAUGGGGCCUAAUUAAGCAAGGCUGGAAAUGUAAAGACUGCGGAAUCAAUGCACACAAGCACUGUAAGGACCUGGUCGUCAUGGAAUGUCGCUCCAAGACUAGUGUGGCUUGUAACCGGAGAUUAGACUCCCUGUCUUCAAAUGGGUCAGGCAGCCAGGAUCUUUCAUACUCCUCAAAGCGCAAGAUGUCACAGCGUCAGAAACGUACGCGGGUGCAUCGUGGGACACAGACGGAGGAAUGCUAUUUCGACGUGUUUCCACGGGAACUGGAGGAGGGUGGGGAGUUUAGAGAGCUUCAUGAGCGACUUUCAAAGGCGGAAGAGGCUCGUGACAAGCUAAAGGCAGAAAAUGAGAUGUUAACGUUGAUGGUGAAUUCCAACGCGAGCCAGAUUGCUAUGUUGAAGUCUCAGAUCGUGAUGAUUAGAAAGACGACUGUCUCGUUCAUUCUUGAACAGAUGGAUGCUCUGCAUAUACAACGAGACUCUCAAGUGUAACAAAGCGCAAAACCAUGAACAACCAGUAACAAAUUACAGACGUUUAGAGAUUAUUUGGGUUUAAAAAAAUAGUCUCUAAACAAUGACCUUCAUUAUGGUGUCGCUUGUAUCAAAUGAGGGAGGAUGUUGUAACAGGAGCUAUAGCAAGAUGAAAGCAUGUCAUUUGUUUGCUGUGAUAAGUACACAGUGAGUACAAAACAAAAGAGAAGCUAUUCUUUUGAGAAUUUGUUGAUGACUGAUUACAAAAUAUUGAAGAUAUGUUCCGUAGGCUCCUUAAGUAUGAGUUUGGCAGUUAGCAGAGUGUGGUCGUUUGCUAAUAGUAACUGAUGUUUGUAGAAAACUUGUAACAAAAAGUGCUGUUGUUGGAAUAAAUUUGUUGGAUAAACAGGGCGAAAUGCAGAUUGUACGUGGUAUUUAUUAUUUAAGCUCAACUUUAAUAAUAUAGGUGUUAAUGUUAUGUUCUAAAGUAUAUACAUAUAUCAUAAUAUAUUUUAGAAGCUAUAAACAUGUCCAAUUUGUUACUGUUAUAGGACGAGUAGCAAAUUGGGACAAAUUAUACCUCUGCUGUGUUAAUUAUUUUAAUCGUUAUAGGCUAAUAAAGCUAAUGCAUAGUUAAAUGUAUAGUUUGUAAAAUAGACAUAUGCUAAUAGCUACAUGAUAUACACAAUAUACAUUGCAAGGACAGACAGUGAGUAAUGGCGCCAGAAGACAGCAAGACAUGUUCAAAACACCUAAAAAAUAACAGCACCAAUAGUGAUAAAAGCUGAACAUUUUGUUGCAUCCUUUACUUCAACAGAAGUUAAUUGGAAACACAUACGGUGGCAUGAUUGAGCUGCAAAUAACUGUUUUAAGUAGCAGUAAAAAAUCAUUUUCAGCUGAAAUUAUUUGAAAUUUUAGCGGAGUUAACUUAAAGAUGAGUCUUUUAAUUUGUGUGUUAUAACGUUCCUAUAUUGAUCUCUCAUGUUGUUUGAUCUUUCAAUUUAUACUUCCCUUUCUGUAAUGUAAUUGAUUGUGGGUGUUUUAAAUGUAUACGUUAUCUUUGAUAACCCUUAUUGUUUUGUACACGAUAAUUCAUUUACACCUUUCAAACCAUAUGUGGACAUUUGUUGACAUUCUGAUGUGGUGUA